AUGGACCUUGUGGACAUUGACAAGGUAUUAGACGAUCUUGAGCUAAAUGAAGACGAUGGAAAUAGCACUCUUCCUAAAGCAGUUGACAUCAGCCCUAGUACCCGAGAUCCAGCACCAGCCGUGAAUGGCUCGACGGAACCUACAGUAGCAUCGGCAUCGACGACACAAUCGCAGGAAAAACUAAAGUUUAAGGCCAACGUGGUGAAUGUGUCGACUGUGUUUACGAGUCUCAACGAAUACGUCAAUGCUGGGGGAACGGAACUCGGCGGUGGCAAGCAUGUGGCCAGUGACACCCACGAGCUUAGCAUUCCAAGCGAGCGGAAGCCACUCCUAACACCGCCGUCGACGUCCUCGGUUUCGUCGGAUGUAAAAACUUCCUCGGCCGGAGCUACGACGUCCUCGGUUCCGACUUCUCCCCACACGGAAUUAUCUCCAGAAUCUUCACCGGAAUGGUCGGACUCUUCCGAAUCAUACUGUCCAUCGAGAGAGGCCACUUCUUCAUUAUCUUCAUUCGCACAUUCCUCUUCCAGGUCGUCCUCGUCCUCAUCCGCCUCUACGAGUGACGCGGAAGAUAUGGGAAAGUGCGACGGUGAAGCGGAACAUGGACACGCGCACGAAAAGCUACCCGAAGAGCUGUCCUCUCUCAGCGCGAAGGAUUACGUACUGGAUACGUCGUCGAUGACUACACUGGCCACUACGAACGAAGGAGGUCAUCGGAAAGAAGCACCAGCUGGCGAUCCGCAGGAUACAUCGGCCUUUUCCUACCGAAACAGCCUGUACUCGGACACGCUGAGUAACGAUGUGAUAAACUUGGAAGGCAUCUCGUCCAUUUCCUCGAUCGUAGCCGUCGAUUUGACGAAGAGCGGCCAGGUGCCGUUUGCUAGGGACACGAUCGGAAACGUCGAGGGAGCUCCCGUUGCCAAGGACGAAAUCGAAACGACGGGACGGGAGGAUGUGGAAAGACCCGGCAAGGCUGCUCUCGAAGCUGCCAACGUGCAAAAGCCCGCGGUGGGAUUUGAAUCGACGAUGGACGACGUCUCCGAUACGGAGUUAGAAAGCUACCUGCAAGAGCUGGAAGAGUUCGACUUUCGCAGCGUGAAUGUAGAGAACGCCACGGUUCCACCAAAGCCGGACGAAGAGCAGCCGUCGGAAGCGGAACCCGAGGAGCAAUCGAUUCAAGAGACGGAAGCCAUGAUCGCCGGUGAACCGGAAGACAUUCCGACGGUCCAAAAAGACCGCACCGAUGCGAACAGCAUCGACAGCCGAAGUGACGACGAGAUUAGUCCCAGUUCGUCGCGCGGUGAAAACGAAGAUGAUCUGAUUUCCCAAGCGUCCACGCUGGAGUUUAAUGAUCUAGCCAUGGCGGCCACGACGGCAGCGGUGGCCGUAGUGGAACCGUCCGAACCCGUCGUCCCACUCGCCACCGGGACAAUCCGAUCUGAGGAGGAAGUUCCCGUGCCGUUGGAUACGCUGGAGGUGUCGGGUGAAUUUCCGCUGGAUGAGGAUGGAAGCGAAAUACGCUUUAUCGAUUGUACGGAAACGGAAUCUGAGCGGCACCUGGAAGCGGCACCCACAGAGGACACCAUGGAACGACGAAGGACGGUGUCGCAUCCGGAACGGCCCACUUCGUUGGAGUUGGUUCGAGGAACGGAUCCGGAAGCCGCCGGUAUGCAAUCCUCUCCAGGACAUACACCUCCGUCAUCCCGUGGCAUUGCUUCCGACCAGGGCCUUACGCUUUCGUCCACGAGUUCGGAUGAUUUUGGCGCCUCGAUCGAAGCUCGAACGACGGUACCACAUGGAACCGAAGCGGGUCUGCUUGAUGGUGUCGAAGCGUCUCGAUUGACCGACACGAUUCAAUCCCCAAUUGCGUCCUCGUUGCCGACGACGUCGCUUCUCAGCCCAGCCCAAGCGCAACUCGGCAAAGUCCAACCGUUCUGGGUGCCGGACAAUUCCACCAAAUUCUGCAUGCAAUGCAAUCAAAAGUUUUCCGUCAUCAAACGGCGCCAUCACUGUCGAGCGUGUGGUCAGCUGCUUUGUUCCUCGUGCUGUUGUCUGAAAGCCAAGCUGGAGUAUCUGGGAGACGUUGAGGCACGCGUUUGCAUCGAGUGUGACGUGAUAUUGAGCAUUCAGCUGCAGCAAGCGAUGGAAGCGGAUCAGCACCAGUUUGCGGCCCUGCCAAUGGCAGCGACUGCGGAAGGUACAAUUGGCCAUGGAGCGAUCGAGGGGCGCAGUGCAAUGAUGAGUGGCCAACGGCAACCAAACCCUAACAACCCGAUGGAGUACUGUUCGGUGAUUCCUCCUUUACAGCAAGCCGCCAGCAGCACUCAAGCGCAAUCUCCGAUCUCCGUGAUGGUUCCCGUUGGCGUGUUGAAGCGAGCUGGAGCACCUCGGAACAUGCGCAAGGACAAGAACGUAAUCUUUAGCGAUGGCAUACGACCUGGGUGUGAUUUAACCGAGCUGGAUCAAAACUGGGACGCCGUACCGACACGAUCCUCACCACCAAGGACACGAAAAACGCGCGUUCAAACACCACCCGGUGCGGAAGAUGACGCUUCCGCUGUGCCACGUUCCGGUGGCCAACUUUACUCGUUGAUCCCCCCCGAAGAGAACAAACUACCGCCGGUGUUGAAGCGCAUUAGUCCCACUGAAAGCAAACUAGUGGAGAUCGAGAACGAUCAUACGCUGCUGGAGGGACUGCGUGAGGUCACACUUACGUUUGCGAUCCAAAAGAACUUCCACGUGCUUGUGACGAUCGUGGAGUUGGCGUGUUGCAUCAACCGGACUGUGAUCAAUUUCACCACCCGCGGGUUGCACUACAUCGGACAGGACGAGAUCAUCAUCCUGCUCGUGCUGGGUGACUCCCGGACACUGCCGAAGGACAUCUUCGUGCACCUGCACGAGGUGUACUGUGAGGCGGAUCGUGGCCACAUCAUCACGGAGCUAGGCUUUUCUCCUGCCCGAUCAAGCAGUUUCCUCGGUUCGAAGAAUCACGGUGGCUUUCUGUACGUUCGCCCCACGUAUCAGUGCAUGAAAGCCGUCAUCACACCGGAAGCGCCCUACCUGAUCGGCGUACUCAUCCACCGCUGGGAAGUCCCGUGGGCAAAGAUCCUGCCGCUGCGGUUGAUGUUACGCCUCGGUGCCCUUUACCGGUACUACCCGUGCCCGCACGUAAGCGAGCGUGAUCGCGAAUCCGUGUACGUUGAGAUCGCGCAAACGAUCGUGAACCUGCUGGCGGACUUUCGCCACUUUAGCUACACCAUUCCGAACGUGCGCGGGAUGGCGAUCCACAUGGAGGACCGAAAGACGAGCAUACUGAUUCCACGCAACCGGUACGAGCAGGUCGUGAAGGUUGUGGACGGUUCGAGCGAGCAGUUGAUGGCUGUUGGGGGCAACUUUAGCCGUCUCGCCGAUGGCCAUCUCGUGUGUGUGCAAAACACGGAAUCUGGGUGUCCGGAAGCGACGCAAUACUCCACGCAAGCCAUCAACAUCGAGAGCCAACCGUGUAAGGUGACGGGUGCGUGUUUUCUCGUGCUCGAUGGCUCACUCAAGCCGAAUUCCGGGUUUACCGGAACCUGCACGAUCCUCGAGGAUGGGUUGCGGGUGUUGAUCCCUCCCGCGAAGCUGCAACUCGUGAAGGAAGCGCUGAAGGCGAUGAAAGACUACCAGAUCGUGUGUGGACCGGUUGAGGGUGAUGACAGCCAGCGGGAGUUGGUUUCGUUCGAGUGGACGACGAAUGAUCUGAACUUUAACAUCGGUGUGACGUCUCCGAUCGAUGGCAAAGCGCUUGACGGUGUACCCAGCAUACGGGUGCACCGUGGGACGGAUUAUUCCAACACGAAUCACAUCAUGCGGUGGACGGAAGUGUUUAUCCUGAAGGGUGACGAAGAAUCUAACCAUCCGGGGGAUCCCAUCAACAUGUCGAAACUGUCGGAAACGAUCGCGAAGAUCGCGUGUAAGGCACUGCUCGAAUAUCUCGAUCUACUCGCAUCGAACGGGCUCACCAAGAUUGCGCUGCGGAUCAGCUCGAAUCGGGGCGAAAUGGAGUAUGUGGCCGGAAGCGGUGGGAAUAAGCUGGCACCGCUUUACUCGAACGCGCUCGGUCACGUGGUGAUGGAGUUUUUGCAACGUCAGGCAACCGCACUGCAUCUCGAUCAGCAUGAUCUCGUGUUUGAGCUGGUGUUUCACAUUCUUGACAAGUAGAUCCCGACCGGGCGGUUGUGUGUUUCCCGUUUCCCGUGAGGUUGUUUGCUGCUUGUUUUUUACUUCUGUAGUUUCCACACUGAAGGGCUUGUUGUCUUGUUUACGAGGAGAGAGAGAGAGUCGAUUUAAACCAAGUGCUAGCCAGUACGCGCCAGAACGAGCCUCGACGAGCUCACGUUUGUCGGAUGCAAAGCAAAACCGACUUACUCGCAGGUGCGCAACAUACAGCGGAUAGAAGAGGGAAACGUACACACCAGGUGCAUACCGUGAAUUAUACAUAGCGUAUAAAGAGUAUACAUAUACAUGCAUAUUUAGAGAUAGUUAUAUAAAAUAUAUAUAUAUAUUUCUUAUAUAUAUAGUUAAAACUAUUGAAAUGAACCAGAAGCAAGUCACACGUUUAUUAUGUCACUGUUUAGGUAGACGGUGGUAAGAGGGAUAUUUAUAUUUGAUUUGGAAGUUUUAAGGCCGGUGGACUACGGGGUUUGACGCCAUAUGGCAGCAAAGCGUAUUGCAAUGAUAGUUACUAUACCCAGCGCCGAGUUGGGUGCCGAGUUGCAAGCAUGAUAAUAGCAAAUAUAUUAGUGCAUGCGAAGU